UCACGCUGUCCAACGGGAAAUACAAACGGAGCAAGAGGAUGCUCUCGAUUUCCUCUGUAUCCCGUUGCUCAGCUCCCUCUUUCUUCCUCUCUCAAAAGCCAACAGCUUCAAGACUCCUCACGGUUCACUCUAGUUCCACAAGGGAGCCUAAUUCGAACCAGAAUCCAGGCGAAAGAAUCAAUUACUCUGGUGUAAAACUCGAGGAGUCAGUAGAUUCUAAGUCAGGAAAGUCAAGACUUGAUUCUUGGAUUUCUUCUCGCAUUUCUGGCAUCAGUAGAGCUCGUGUUCAGUCUAGUAUUAAAUCAGGACUUGUCUCUGUCAAUGGAAAGGUUAUCGAUAAGGUUUCGCAUAAUGUAAAAGCUGGAGAUAAGGUGAAUUGCGUAAUUUCAGAGUUGCAACCUUUGAGGGCUGAACCUGAAAAUAUACCUUUGGAUAUUGUCUAUGAAGAUGAGAAUGUUCUAGUAGUUAACAAACCUGCCCACAUGGUUGUUCAUCCUGCGCCUGGUAAUGCUACCGGCACGCUGGUUAAUGGGAUUCUACACCAUUGUAGUCUUCCAACAGUUUCGAGCCAGGAAGUUUUGUCCGGUGCAGAAGAUGUUUCUGAUGAUGAUGAUGAUGAAGGGUUAUGUUCUAGCUCACACGCUGCGUCUGUUCGACCAGGGAUAGUGCAUCGGUUGGAUAAAGGAACUAGUGGAUUGCUUGUUGUUGCUAAGGAUGAACAUUCGCAUGCUCAUUUAUCUGAGCAAUUCAAGCUACACACAAUUAAGAGAGUAUAUGUUAGUCUUACUUGUGGAGUGCCCGCACCAAUGGCAGGACGUAUUGACGUUCCUAUUGGCCGAGAUGUGAGUAACAGGAUACGUAUGGCUGCUAUAGCCGAACCAAACCGGGGACAGGCCCGCCAUGCUGCUAGUAGAUAUAAAGUGAUUGAAAUACUAGCUAGAGGUGGUUCAGCUCUGGUUGAGUGGAGGUUAGAAACUGGUCGCACUCAUCAGAUCCGUGCACAUGCAAAGUACAUCGGAAUUCCUCUGUUAGGUGAUGAGGUUUAUGGAGGGACCCAAAACAUGGCUUUGUCACUGCUUCGAUCCAGAACCCAGCCUAGCUGUCAUCGCCAACUUUCUUUAUCACUUUCAGGACUAGAGAGGCCUUGCCUCCAUGCUUUGGCUCUCGGGUUCACACAUCCAUGCACAGGGAAAGAAAUACAUUUUGCUUGCCCACCUCCUCCAGAUUUUACAGAGAUCUUGAGCCAGCUUCGGGAGAUGGGAACAGAGAAGCCUUCAUUUAAGGAAUGACAGAACUUAUUUGACCAACAAUGGGAAAAGAUUUAACUGUGUCUGUGAGCGAGAUGAUAGUGUGAAGAUAUGUGCAAGUGUGCAAACACCAAAUGGACAAAUCCAUGGUGAGGGCAAGAUUCUGGCAUGUUCAUGGAUGUAAUGGGCAACAACAGUCUCUGACAGGGGUAGAUCUUCAUCACGAGGGAUGGUACUUCUUCCUUCACUUCAUGUUUCUCCCCAGAAUAAUCUGCUCAGUUGGCAUAACUUCUGAAAUACCUUAUCUGGAAAAUCUUGGUUUAUCUUUAGAUUGUUUUUCUAAUGAUCUGAGGAUUUCUAUUGAUCCUCCGCGAGAAGCAGCAUCCAAAAUAAAACAAUAAAGCAUUCUAUAGUGCAGCUAUAAAACCGCAAUCAGGUGAGCCAAUAUGCCAUUGAUAAUUCCUAAGUUAUAGGGCGGGUUCACCAA